GGAAGAGAUUCUACUAAAGAACUAGUGGUUUACCUGGUCGAUGCUUCCCCGAAAAUGUUCUCAACUUCUUGCCCAUCAGAGGAUGCAAAGGAUGGAUCGCUUUUUCACGCUGCUAUGAGUUGCAUUUUGGAAUCACUGAAGACUCAGAUCAUUAAUAGAUCUUAUGAUGAAGUCGCAAUAUGUUUCUUCAAUACUGAUAGGUGAUCUUGGGAUUAUAUAUUCUAUAGUUCCAUGUCCAAAAACAAAGUAAAGAUGGGCAGGACACGUUGAUUAAUUCAAUAUGGUGGAGUGCUCUGAACCAAAGAAGCCCUUUAUGCAAAUUGUGGACAGUUUACCUAUAAAGAAAGAACAUGUUCUUGGAGGGUAUUGGAAUUUCUGUUAGACAAUUGAAACAUCCUAUGAGUACCUGAGCUUUGGACACACAGAAUGAGAGAGAAAAAGAAUUUGCAGGAUUUGAAUGGUGUUUAUGUAUUUAAUGUUGCUGAAAGGGAGGAUUUAGACAGGCCAACAGCAAGGCUUAUCAAAGAAUUUGAGUGCAUAGAAGAAAAAUUUGAUAAUGACAUUGGCAGCAAAUAUGGUAUCUUGUCUGGUUCUCGUGAUAAUUCUCUCUAUAGUGCUCUUUGGGUUGCUCAAGCUCUACUCCGCAAAGGAUCUGCAAAAACAGCCGACAAAAGAAUGCUUCUGCUUACCAAUGAAGAUGAUCCUUUCGGCAGUAUCAAGGGAAUUACAAAAAUGGAUAUGAUGCGAACAACACUUCAACGAGCAAAAGAUGCUCAAGAUCUUGGUAUUUCCAUUGAACUACUCCCACUGAGUAGGCGAAAUGAUGAGUUUAACGUAUCUCUCUUCUAUGCUGAAUUACUUGGGCUGGAAGGUGAUGAACUUACUCAAUUUCAAGCUUUGGCUGGAGAGAGAUUGAAAGACAUGAAGGAACAACUGAGGAAGCGUAUAUUCAAGAAACGUAAGAUUCGAAGAAUAAAGUUCAUAAUUGCCAAUGGUAUGUCCAUAGAUGUGGACACCUAUGCUUUGAUUCGUCCAACCAAUCCAGGGACAAUUACUUGGCUUGAUUCAGUAACCAAUCUUCCAAUAAAAUCUGAUAGAUCCUUCAUUUGUACGGAUACUGGUGCAUUACUACAGGAGCCUGCUCAGCGUUUUCAGUCUUACAAGAGUGAAGAUGUCAUGCUAUCAGUUGAUGAGCUUUCAGAAAUCAAGAGAAUUGCAAGUGGACACCUUCGUCUUCUAGGUUUCAAGCCAUUGAGUUGUUUGAAAGACUAUCACAACUUGAGGCCAUCAACAUUUAUUUUUCCUAGUGAUGAGGAAGUGAUUGGAAGUACUUGCAUUUUUGUUGCUCUUCAUAGAUCCAUGUUGCAGCUUAAUCGUUUUGCUCUUGCUUUUGGUGGAAGUUCAAAUAAUCCUCAUCUGGUUGCCCUGGUUGCUCAAAAUGAGAUCAUCAGUGGCGGUGGUCAGGUUGAGCCACCAGGAAUGCAUAUGAUAUACCUUCCAUAUUCUGAUGACAUCAGACACGUUGAAGAGGUUCAUGCAGAUGCAAACACCAUUGCACCUCGAGCAACUGAUGAUCAAACUAAAACGGCCUCUGCUUUGGUACGACGUAUUGACUUGAAAGAUUUUUCUGUAUGCCAGUUUUCAAAUCCUGCUUUGCAGAGACACUAUGCUGUAUUGCAGGCUCUUGCUCUUGAUGAAGAUGAGAUGCCUGAAAUCAAGGAUGAAACUCUUCCUGAUCAAGAGGGCAUGGCCAGGCCAGGUAUUGUUAAACUGUUGGAAGAAUUCAAACUUUCAGUCUUCGGAGAAAACUAUGAGGACAAUGAUUUGACCAUUGGUGGAACAAUGACUGAGGCCUCUCGAAAGCGGAAAGCAAUUGCUGACAAUGCAACGAAGGAAUAUUCAAAAUAUGACUGGCUUGAACUUGCAGACACUGGAAAGUUGAAGGACUUGACCAUGGCUGAGCUGAAGUACUAUUUGACGGCAAACAACCUCUCUGUUACUGGUGCAAAAGCUGCUUUAAUCAGCAGAAUAUUGACUCACAUGGGAAAAUGAGGAACAUCAUGAUUACUGUCUGAACAUCAGCCUGACUCCUGUUGCUACUGAUUUUCUUGCUCCAGUAUCUUUAUGCAUGCAUGUACUUGUAGCUCUCCCUAUUCCCAAACGAGAAUAUGUAUAGGUUUUGACAUUUUAUUGUAAACAAUGCACCCAAUGUCCCCCGCCACUCCCCUUUAUGGUGGUGAAGCUGUAGUCAUACUACGAAUUAUAGUGGGCCAUUUUUGUUUUUUGUUUUUUUUUGUACAGAAGUAUCGGGACAUGUUCUCAUUGCAUUGUACAAAAGAUGCAGAAAUUGUAAUGCCUUUUGACUUUUUUCUAACCUUGUAUGAUUUCGUGCAAAGAACGCCCAAAAAUAAAAGAAAAUCAAGCAUCCCUUUUUACCCUAA